GUGAAGGUAAUAUGGCGGUGAUGCACGCGUUGGUGAAGUGGGAAAGCGGGGUCAACAAAGACUCUUACAGCGUGAUUCCAACUGCUUGGAUUCGCAAUUUUGAUUUAUUCAGCAUUGCUGAUGAUGUCGAAGAGACUACUCGAAGCUUCAGAGCAGAGUGGAGAGACACGAACAAACCUCCAAAAGGUGGAUGGCCUGUCCAUGAAGCGCAGAUCAUUAUGACUGGAAAAGAAGGCGAAAUAAGAAGAAAACUUAAUGACCUAACGAAAAUGCCCUCUCCUAAAAAGAGAGUACCUAAACCAAACAAAAAACUUCAAAUUUCAGAUGAUAGUGACCUUGAUGAACCGCAGUUACCGCACAAAAUAAGAAAGAAAACCGAUGGAGCUUCAAGAAUUAGAUCCCAUAAUAUUCUACAGACAUUUCAAGAGUCCAGUGAAGUUGAGCUACAGCAAAAAGUUAAGCAGUUCGAAAAGGAAAACACUAGACUUAAAAAUGAAAACCAAGAUCUUCGAAACCGUAUGGUUGAUGAGAUUCCAGACAUUUUGGAAAAUCUGAAAAAAAUUGUAACAAAAGCCACAUUUAUCAACGAUGAAGCCAAAAGAGUGUCACCAUCAAAUGGUUCUGACAGCCCCACACCAAAUUGUUCUGACUCUGACAAAGAAGCACCAAAACAGGUGGAAAUAUUCCCAGGCACUGGAGUGUAUAUUGACUAACUGUCCAGGAUCCUUACAGAGAGGUGCAGCACGAAUACAUCAUAUGUAAGAACCCUGACGGUUGCUGUCUUUGACAUUCCAACAUUACUAAAGAGCAAUCUUCGUGGUGGUGGCAGCAAGAGAGAUCCAACUUCGGAGAAAAAGACACCUCUGGAUCGCUUAAAGGUGGAAGCCAUAUAUGGUAUGUAAAUGCUGUUGUACAAAAUUU